UUUAUUAUUUGUCAUGUGCUUCUGAGAAGGAGGAGCAUUUUGCCUUCCUUAUUCUCUCACAUACAAACAGUUACACCAAUUGACAGAAAAACUCGGACACCUGAGCAGCUCACGCACAUUCAUAACCAUGGGAAAGAUCUACCAGGUCAUCGUGAUUGGAUUCAGAGGGGAGAAAAUGGUAAUAGACGUGAGCAAUACGGAAGAACAAAUGAACAGUAUGACAGUACUGCAACUGAAAAAUAAAAUUUCUGAAAGACUCCCGGGGAACUCAGGGGACAAUCUGGAGACCCUGCGACUGAUCUUCACAAACAAGCAGCUGGAGGACUCAUCCGUGCUCUCCUCAUAUGGGAUCCAGAACCAGUCUGUCAUUCAGCUAGUGAUGAGGGUGCCUGGGGGAUGGACACAUUGACGAUUGGAGAGAAGAGAGAAUCUCUGCCUGCAUUUUGAUGUCUUUUUAAUACUGUAGUCUUGUUAUAUUAAUCUCACUGCCAAUCCCAUUGCCAAACCACAGGAAGGAACUGAUGUUGAUAAAUGUAUGGGCUCUUUUUUAAACAAAAUAUAAACAACAUGUGGCCAGAAAGCAUUUAGUUUAUUCUCUGAACCUGCUACCAGAACUUCUCAAUUCAUUUUUAUUUUAUCUGUGACUUCACUGUAUGGAAGUCUUCAACAACAACAAUAUUCAACAAUAAAUGAAUGUUCUCCCAA